AUGCAGGGGGCCUGGGUGCUGCUGCUGGGCCUGCAGCUACGGCUGUCCCUCGGCUUCGCCCCAGUUGAAGAGAAAGACCCAGCCUUCUGGAACCGGCAGGCAGCCCAGGCCCUGGAUGUUGCUAAGAAGCUGCAACCCAUCCAGACGGCUGCCAAGAAUCUCAUUCUCUUCCUGGGGGACGGGAUGGGGGUGCCCACGGUGACAGCCACUCGGAUCCUAAAGGGGCAGAUGAAUGGCAAACUGGGAGCUGAGACGCCCCUGGCCAUGGACCGAUUCCCGUACCUGGCUCUGUCCAAGACAUACAACGUGGACAGACAGGUGCCAGACAGCGCAGGCACGGCCACCGCCUACCUGUGCGGGGUCAAGGCCAACAUGAAGACCAUUGGUGUAAGUGCAGCUGCCCGCUACAACGAGUGCAGCACGGUACGUGGCAAUGAGGUCAUGUCUGUGAUGAACCGGGCCAAGAAAGCAGGGAAGUCCGUGGGAGUGGUGACCACUACGAGGGUGCAGCAUGCCUCGCCAGCUGGUACCUAUGCACACACGGUGAACCGUAACUGGUAUUCGGACACGGACAUGCCCGCCCAGGCGAAGAAGGAGGGCUGCCAGGACAUCGCCACGCAGCUCAUCUACAACAUGGACAUUGACGUGAUCCUGGGUGGAGGCCGAAAGUACAUGUUUCCUGAGGGGACCCCAGACCCUGAGUACCCAGGCGAUGCCAGUCAGAACGGAAUCCGGAAGGACAGGAAGAACCUGGUGCAGGAGUGGCAGGCCAAGUACCAGGGCACCCAGUACGUGUGGAACCGCACGGCGCUCAUUCAGGCAUCUAAGGACCCCAGUGUAACACACCUCAUGGGCCUCUUUGAGCCAGCAGACAUGAAGUAUGAGGCCCAGCGAGACCACACCAAGGACCCAUCCCUGCAGGAGAUGACAGAGGCAGCCCUGCGUGUGCUGAGCAGGAACCCCCGUGGCUUCUACCUCUUCGUGGAGGGAGGCCGCAUUGACCACGGUCACCAUGAAGGCGUAGCUUAUAGGGCGCUGACCGAGGCGGUCAUGUUCGACAAUGCCAUUGCCGCGGCCAGCCAGCUCACUAGGGAAGCGGACACGCUGAUCCUCGUCACCGCCGACCACUCCCAUGUCUUCUCUUUUGGCGGCUACACGCUGCGUGGAAGCUCCGUUUUCGGGCUGGGUUUUGGCAAGGCCACUGACGGCAAGUCCUACACCUCCAUCCUCUAUGGCAAUGGCCCGGGGUACGCGCUUGGCGGAGCCUCAAGGCCCGACGUCAACGACAGCGAAAGCAGUGACCCCGCGUACCGGCAGCAGGCGGCCGUGCCCCUGGGGAGCGAGACCCACGGCGGCGAGGACGUGGCGGUGUUCGCGCGCGGCCCGCAGGCGCACCUGGUGCACGGCGUGCAGGAGCAGAGCUUCGUGGCGCACGUCAUGGCCUUCGCCGCCUGCCUGGAGCCCUACGCCACCGACUGCCACCUGCAGCCCCCCUGCGACGCCGCGCACCGGGCCGCCUGCCCGCCCUCGCUGGCGCUGCUGGUCGGGGCGCUGCUGCCGCUGCUGCUGGCGCCCGGCCCGCGAUGA